GAGGGCCACAGGUAAAGAAGAAAACAGUAACAAAGCAUGAGGGUUGCUUCAGGUGGUAGAAAAGUCCGAGAGAGAGAGAGAGAGAGAGAGAGAGAGUAGCUGAUUGUUGGGAGUGAGUUGAAGAGGUCUUUCCCUUUGAGGUCUUUUGGAAAGUCUCUCUCUCUCUCUCUGGUUCAAAACAGUAUUCAUUAGCCCUAAAUCCUUGCUGCCUGAUAUAUUUUCUUGAUUUUCUCUGUACCUUACCUUUGUUUUUUUUUUGUUUUUUUUUUUUUUUUUGAGCUUGGUCCGGGAACUAAAGACACAUUACUUGAUACCCUUUUGCCUCUAAUUCAGAGGACCAACAUCUGGUAAUUCUCACAGAUCGGAUCCAAACCAUUCCUAUAUAAUCGUAAUCCAGCUUCAGCUACACCCAUUUUGUACUGUACAUCUCAUAUGGAAAUCGGGCAUUUCACGUUUUAUUUUUUGCGUAAUAAUUGGUGUGAAAUUUUGUGAAUUUGCUCUCAUUCUUGGGGUUUUCCAAUUAUUUGGACGGAGAGAACGUUGGAAGCUAGCUGUUAUCGUUUCUGUCGAGAUUUGGGUCUUUUGUACCAAUUGCAAGUCGGAGCCAUAAAGGCAAUUGCAGGUAAAAUGGAGUGGACAAAUUAGCAGAGGAAGCACGGAAAACCGGGUUUCUUACUUAUUUAUCACGACGGUUCGGUUAAGGAAGAACUUGUAGAUAAAGGUUGUCAUGGUCUGCUUCUUUCCUUCUGCUACUUGGCAUGCCUUUGCGGGCAAGAUCCUGCCCAUUUCAUAGCAGUACGGAAUUUUCCCAUGAAAGGGUUUGAAAUAGAAUUUUCAAAUGGAUGCAGACUCACCAAGAAUCUCAGAACAGUUGCCUCAAGCCAUUGCCCAAGGCCGCAUGGACAGUGGUUUGCUUGUUGACCAUUCUGUCCAACCAGCAGCAUGUACUUUGUGCCAAAGAAUCAUUUCUCCUGAAAAUGAUGCAAGUGGUGAUCUUGAAACUGUUGGUGUAUGUGGGGACUGUAAGUUCUUAUUUCUUGAAGAUCAUGGCACCCCCGGGCGAAACUCAUAUCAGCGUAGGUUGCCUAGAGGAAGAAGAACCAGGUACAGCAGUUCUGAGUCUGUUGAAAAUCUUUUCUCACAAGAAUUCUCGCAUAUGAUUAAUCUAGCAAGGCAAAACCAAUUGAGUAUCUCUGGGAAUGAGGAUCGAUCUCUAGAGGGUGAUGCUAUGACUAGGUUAUUGCAGCACUCAAGUUCACGUUCUACCCCAAGUAGAUCUAGAAGUGUAAGGUGGGUACUCUCUGAUACUGAAAGUGAUGGUGUUGAUCAUCUGGAUUCUCUUUAUGGAGAGAGUGAGUCAAGUUUCAGUUUUGGUCAGUAUGGAGCUUUGCAUGGUGAAAGUGAUGCAAUUUCUUUUAGUGCCUAUGGAGGGGACUCAGAUGCUUCUGUUGGAGGACAUAGUUUCCUGGACCCAGAGAUGUUUGUUCAACCAGAUGAGGGUAGCAUUUUUGAUAGUGAUACUGAUAUUGAUCCAAUGCAUGCAGGCCUCAACCAAUGGGACUUGGAGGAGGAGGAGGAGGAGGAUGAAGGAGGAGAAGAAGAAGAAGAAGAAGAAGAAGAAGAAGAUGGUGUGUGGGAAGAAGCUGAUGCUGAGGAAGACACAGUUGAAUCUGCAGAAGCAAGAGGUCGACUUCAAAAUUUUUUGACUUCUGAGGAUGCAGUCAGUUGGAGGCUUAGGGAAGGUUAUGUUCAUACUAUCUUUGGUAACUUGGAGGAAGCGGAGUUAUUGCCUUAUGUGAGGAAUUCUGGGGAUUAUCUUGAUGCAAGUGGCUUUGAAGAACUGCUGGUGCGUCUUGCUGAGACUGACAGCUUGAGACGGGGAGCACCUCCUGCAGCAUCGUCUUUAGUAAAUAGUUUGCCUUGUGUAGUAAUUGAUGAACAGCAUGAGAAGCAUGAAGGCUUAGCAUGUGCAAUAUGCAAGGAAGUGUUAACCAGUGGCACCAAAGCAAAUCAGCUUCCUUGCUUUCACCUUUAUCACCCUUCCUGUAUCCUGCCAUGGUUGAGCACAAGAAAUUCAUGCCCCCUUUGUCGAUAUGAGCUUCCUACUGAUGACAAGGAUUAUGAGGAGGGGAAGCAGAACAGUAGUGGUAGAGUGGAAAUCCAUGAAAUCCAGCAGGAAAAUGUAAGUGAGGAUAACUCCUCUGAUGUCUUUGAUGGAGCUGAAGCUGAUGGAGGGCUUGAAUUUUAUCCAGGCAGCUCUGAGGAGAGAGAGCUGCUGGAUGUGGAUCCUGCUACUGAUAUCUCUGGCAGAGAGGGUGGUAGAGGGAGAUGGUAUUUUCUUGCAGCUGCUCCAAUUGUCGGUCUCGUGGGCAUUGUGCUUGUAUGGUGGUUAGGCAAUCCUUUAAUGCAGGGAAGAGUACCACCAAGCCAGUGCAGCUUCCGAGAACAGGGCCAUCGUCAAAUUCACAUUUCUGCUUCCUCACCUAGCCAAAGGGAGAAUAGAAGCAGGAGAUGGUGGUCACUUUUCUAGGAAGCUCUUGGAUGUCUACUAAAAAAAUAUCAGUCUGUUGAUGCAUUGUUUUGAUGGUUUUUCCUGACGUUGCCGUUUGUGCUUUUGACCUUAAGAUACAUAUUCAGGCUGCUGUGCAUUAACUUCUCAACGACUGGAUUCGGAUUUGUCGUAGAAAUUUACAUUGUUAUAAAAGUUCUUGUAGUACUUUAGUGUUGUUUGGCUGAAAGGUGAGGUGAACAGUUUCGUCUUUUUAUGGUGUACCCUGUACAGCUGCAUGUUUCCCCUACACCUCCUAGUACCAAACGGUUGAGAUGUGAAGUUGAUUUGAGUUGUAUAAGCAUAAUAACGCAGCCACCAUGAGUGUCUAGUUUUCCUCA